CAACGCCAGCUCAUCCCAUAGACCAAACAGCAAUGUUUGCUUUAGUUAAGUCCGUGUAUCGCAAUGACAAGAAUACUCCAAGCAGCGAGUGAGCACGAUUUGGGUUAGCGUGACUUCGGGUUCCCAGGAUAGGUGCAAUGACCUCACGAUUCUCCGUUCAGUCGCGUAUUAUAAUGGCAGCAUGGCUAAAUCAAUUCAACACGCCUUUUAUCCUCCCGGUAGCUGAACCGCGCGAGCCCUCUCUCUCGAUUCUUCUACAUUCUGCAAACCUUUCAAUUGUGUUUUGCGUGCUCAUACUCGAAAAGAGCCAUGGCAAUCGUUCAGGGACUGAUCCCGCCGUCGCGCGAGAACUGGGAAUGGAUUUGCUACGUUUGGCAGUUCUUUCCCUUGAUCACGGCAAUCCAGUGGGUGAUUGAUUGGUACCCGCAGGGCAAGACGUCAACAGAAUCUCGCUUCAAUAUCCCCGGCAAGAUUGGAUGGGCAACGAUGGAAUCCGUGGGGUUCCUACUGCUUCUGGUAAUAUUCUACACGCUGCCCAAGGAGUUGGGCAUCGGAGAACUGCCAUGGGGAAAUUGGACCAUGGUUGGAUGCUUCGUAAUCCAUUACAUCUACCGUGCAAUCAUCUCGCCGCUGUUUCUCAAUCCGAGCAUGUCGCCCAUCAGCCCGCUCGUUUGGAUGCUCGCGUUUCUCUUCCAGGUGUUCAAUGCGAUUUCGAUAGGUGGGUGGGUGUCGGGAUACGGACCCACGACGGUGGAAGACUGGGCGGGACGGUACUGGGCGAUGGAGUUCGGGCUCGUGAUCUGGGCAUGGGGACUACUGGGGAACAUGUUCCACGACGACGACCUGAGGGAGAUUAGAAGGGCAGUGGAUCGCAAGCAACGUCGCGAGGCAGAGAAGUUAGGCAAGGCUCCCGGCAAUGUGGACAAGGUGUAUAUGCUCCCGAAGAACGGUCUGUUUCAGUACGUCUUGUUCGCGCAUUACCUAUGUGAGUGGAUCGAGUGGGCUGGGUUUUGGAUGGUUGGUGGGGUUCAUUGCCAUCCUGCGAGGACGUUUCUCGUGAACGAGAUUGCGACCAUGUUGCCGCGGGCCCUGCAGGGCAAGCGGUGGUACGAGAAGAAGUUUGGGAAGGAUAAGGUGGGCAGCAGGAAGGCGAUUAUACCAGGACUGAUUUGAUCGGGAAAGGGAGGAUUGGCCGGGAAGAUCAGCCAAUUAGUUGGUUAGAGGGUUCGGUAGUAUUUUUGAAUUGCAUGUGAUUUGAUUUGAAUCUUUCUGA